CACAUGUCAAGUACUGAUGUUACUGCGCGUAACACCCCCCACGCCCCCUAAAUCUCUGUUUCGCGUUUGUGUGUUUGGCACACUUUAAAAUGUUUUUGUUAGAACGUUGAGCGUCUGGAAAAGAUCAGCGAAAACAUGGCGUUUAGAACCUGGACCUACUUUCUACCGCGGAGGAGGCUGCUCGGCUGAGCGUUGGGGGAGGGGCUUGUCCGGGAUGUGUAGAAUGUAACUUUGUAACUUUGCAAAUGUCUGCCCAAUAAGUCUAUCCGUCGACUUCUCGGUGCUUCCAUUGCCGCGACGAGGAAACCGCGUGGUUAUAAACAGGCGGCGAGACUUUGUCGCUAAACUUGGCGCGGCUAGCUGCUUAGCUAGUUAGCUCAUGUAGCUUUAGCGCGUCCGUUAGCAGACUCCAGACUCUGUCCCACCGGAAGCUCGCAGCGCCGCGGGACUUUCGUCCUGCCAGCGCGUGGAGGCUUGGAAAUGGGCACCAGAACCGGAACCGCCGCCGAGGCGGACGGGGGCCGGUUUGAAGUCCGGCAGUACGAGGCGGAGGUGAUUGACAGCGGCUCGGAGCAGGACUCUGACUCCGGGGAGGACGAGGAUCCAGCCCGAGCCAGGAGAGGCGUCAAGCGGGAGAGGGACGAAUGGGCACUCGGUCACCAGUCCGCCGCCCCCUCCGCGGGCCUGAGCGGGGGUCACGGCGGGGUCACCGCGGGGACGCCGGGAGCGAAGCCCGGCAAGAAAACGCGCGGGAGGGUGAAGAUCAAGAUGGCGUUCAUCGACAACAAACUGAGGCGAUACACAACUUUUAGCAAGAGGAAGACUGGCAUCAUGAAGAAGGCCUACGAGCUGUCCACGCUGACGGGCACGCAGGUGUUGCUGCUGGUGGCCAGCGAGACGGGCCACGUGUACACCUUCGCCACCAGGAAGCUGCAGCCCAUGAUCACCUCGGAGACGGGCAAAGCUCUGAUCCAGACCUGCCUCAACUCCCCCGACUCUCCGCCGCGCUCCGACCCGUCUUCCGACCAGAGGAUGAGCGCCACGGGCUUCGAGGAGACCGACCUCACUUACCAAGUGAGCGAGGCCGAGGGUUGCGCCGACAUGGCCAAGGAGCUCAACAAAGCCGCAUUCACCAAUUCCAAUAUGGUGUGCGGCACCACCUCGUCCCCCGCGACCAUGCAGGUGCAGACUAGCCCCGCCUCCUGGCAGCCGUCCUCCACCAACGGGGGGGUGUUGAAGACGUCGGCGGGCGUGGUCUUUCCUGCCGGCUUUACUUUGAUGUCAGGUAGUGCGUCUCUGCCCCCCGGCACGCACACCAUCCCGCUCAGUCAGCUGCAGGGUCCCGUGGGCCCCGGCGUCACGCUGCACGCCGCGCCCCCUCAGCCAACCACGCUGCUCCGCCUCCCCACGACCGUGUCGCUGUCAGGGGGCGGAGUCUCCCAGCAGCUGCAGAGCGUCCAGUCCAGCAGCGCGCCCACCUCCGCCAAACAGAGCAGCUCUGACGUCCGUAGCCCCGCCUCCUCUGCAGCCACUGUGGUCACCUCUUCCUCCUCCGUCGCCGCUCACAUGAUGUACCCCGGAGGUCACACGGUCAUGUACGCCACACCCACGUCCGCUCUCGGCGACGGCCUCGCCGUUCUCAACACCUUCUCUCAAGCAGGCCACGCCCAGUCACAUGACUCUGCGUCCGUCCCGCAGGUCUUCCUGGCGUCCCUCCCCCCGGUCGCCGCCCAGAUCCCCGUCUCGGCCGUGCAGCUGCACCCGAUGGUGAUCGGUCCGCAGAGCGGCCCCGGUGGCGGCAACCUGACAGAGCUGCAGGUGGUCAGCGUGGACGUGCAGCAGGCGAAAGAAGGCUGACCACUUCCUCUUCACCUAUUUUUAUCUUGGGGGGGAAAAAAAACAAAUAUUCUUUCUACUUCUGUGUUCCUUUUAUUGUGAAAGGAUGUCAUUGACGUGAACGUACCAACUGACAUCAUCUUCACCGACAAAGUGCCAUAAACAGAUUAUUUCCUCACGCCUGAAUACCCCGCCCGUGAUGUUGCGUUCAAGGACACAGGUCACCCAUCUGUGACACCCGAACCUUCCUGUCUAUGCAGCACUUGACUGGACUGUUUCCCUGAUCAAUAAAUACUCCUCAUGCAACUCCAGGUCCUCCCAUGCACAGGAGUAAUAAUUGAUGUGACUGCUCUCGGCCGCCAGGGGGCACAUGUGCAUGGUAGAGACGGACCGUGCGUCUUUUACUGUGACCGCGAAGUCUUAAUAUACGGUAAGCAACAAACAUUGAAUCAUGUAUUGUUAUAAUUAGAAAACGUGACAUCUCCAUGUACUUCUUCAACCUUUUUUUUUUCUUAUUUUUUUUAUAAACCUUUGUUUAUAAAUUUCAACAUUUACAAACUGUUGAGAAAUAAUAAUUAAAGUAAGUACAAAACAGCGCCAGGGGGUUGUAAAUUAAAAGUAGCUAAAUUAGAAUGCAAUAUAUAUGUAUAUAUAUAUAAAUAUAUAUAUGUGUACUUCUUCAACCAGCUGCUAUGGCGCGGCUAAUUUGACGUCAUAUCCAGAGUCGCGGUUGAUAUGACGUCACAUCCGGAGUCGCGGCUGAUAUUUUUUAGGAUUGCACUAAGAAAAAGUAAAAAAAAAACCAUUGUACGUAUAUUUUUUUAAAGACUGGGUUGAAUAAAAGAAUAUAGAGAAUUGUUCCAUCUCAGUCCACACUCCAUAUCAGAAGAUGGCGCUAAUGCACACCAGAAGGCUGCUCAUAGACAUCUUCUAAGGGUACGCAGCAUGGAGCGCUACUGCCUACUGGCGCUGACGAGACACGGUGCCGCCAUCUUGGAGUGGUGAUCAGUGCAAUUCAUUUGGCAGGAGCAAUGAACUGUCAGCACAUUUAAUUCAUCUUACCUCACUGAAUACCACUGAUUUUCACGCGCUUUUUUUGUCAUACGUGUAGCUAUGAUAAAGGACACAUGUUUAUUAUUCAUAGUUUGCUUAACCGUAAUAUAAUAUUCUUAUAUGCUAUAAGUGACCAGACGUCCCAGAUCAAAACUGGGAAUAUAAUCCCAGAGAAGGGGAAAAAACUAUUUUUAAAUUGAAGAAUCAAUAUGACUAGGUUAUAUAUACAUGCUACAUAAACAAUGUAUGAAUACAUUAGAUAU